AUGGCAGCUGAAUCUAAAAGUACAAUUGAAAAUAUAUACUUGCCAUAUCAUAAAGAGAUAGAUAAAAAUUGAAAUUUGCCUUUAAGAAAAAGAAAAUCUGUUAAUGGCUAUCCAGAUUGCUUUGAUAAUAAGUAUUUAAAUACUAUGAAAUAUAUUAGAGAUUGAGAUGGAAAUUUAUAUAGAUGGGUGAGUUAUAACACAGAAACAAAAGAUUAUAAGGUAUCUUGAUGGAUCCGUGAUAAGUUUCUGUCUUGUCUUGCUUUCUCAGCGAGGAUCCCAAACGGAUUUUUCUGGCUUAAUAGCUUAAACAGUGAUUCAUGCCUCUGAUAUAAAUCUUUAUACAAAGAAAAUCAAUGCUCUGUUGAUUUUGAAUUUAUUUCUUCUCAAAAUUUCCCUAUUGAUGGUACUGGGACUUAUUACAAAAAUUUUGUAUAUAGUUUUGCAACUGAUGAGUCAGAAACAACCCAAUUUAAUAAAAAAUAUAGCUUAAAUAAGCAUAAAUGACACUCCUUAUCUUCUCCUCCAAAUAAAGACUGAAAAAUAAAAUAUUCCUCUUCUUGUGUUCCAUUUAAGAAUUUAUUUUAUUUUGCAAUAAUAAUCAUGAAAUAUUAUUGCAAUAUGACAUUGAUUUAG